CUUCCGGCCCCUGAACCCGCCGGCCGCGCCAUGGGCUUCCUCAAGCUGAUCGAGAUCGAGAAUUUCAAAUCAUACAAGGGGCGGCAAAUCAUCGGGCCCUUCCGGCGCUUCACGGCCAUCAUCGGGCCCAAUGGAUCCGGCAAGUCAAACCUUAUGGACGCCAUCAGCUUCGUGCUUGGCGAGAAGACCAGCAACCUGAGAGUGAAGACUCUGCGGGACCUGAUCCACGGCGCUCCAGUAGGGAAGCCGGCUGCCAACCGGGCCUUCGUCAGCAUGGUCUACUCCGAAGAUGGUGCUGAAGACCGCACUUUUGCACGAGUCAUUGUGGGGAGCUCUUCGGAGUACAAAAUAAACAACAAAGUGGUACAGCUGAGCGAAUAUAGCGAGGAGCUGGAGAAGCUGGGCAUUCUGAUCAAAGCUCGGAAUUUCCUGGUCUUCCAGGGUGCAGUGGAGUCGAUUGCGAUGAAGAACCCCAAGGAGCGCACGGCGCUCUUCGAGGAGAUCAGCCGCUCAGGAGAGCUGGCCCAGGAGUACGACAAGCGGAAAAAGGAGAUGGUCAAGGCAGAGGAGGACACCCAGUUCAAUUACCAUCGCAAGAAGAACAUCGCGGCGGAACGCAAGGAGGCCAAGCAGGAGAAAGAAGAGGCGGACCGGUACCAACGGCUGAAGGACGAAGUGGUGCGGGCCCAGGUCCAGCUGCAGCUCUUCAAGCUGUACCACAAUGAGGCAGAGAUCGAGAAGCUGAACAAGGAGCUGGGCUCCAAGAACAAAGAGAUCGACAAGGACAAGAAGCGGAUGGACAAGGUGGAGGACGAGCUGAAGGACCGGAAGAAGGAGCUGGGCAGAGUGAUGCGGGAGCAGCAGCAGAUCGAGAAGGAGAUCAAGGAAAAGGAUUCGGAACUGAAUCAGAAGCGCCCCCAGUACAUCAAGGCCAAGGAGAACACAUCUCACAAGAUCAAGAAACUGGAAGCCGCCAAGAAGUCUAUGCAGAAUGCCCAGAAGCAGUACAAGAAGCGCAAGGGGGACAUGGACGAGCUGGAGAAGGAGAUGCUGUCCGUGGAGAAGGCGCGGCAAGAGUUUGAGGAGCGCAUGGAAGAGGAGAGCCAGAGCCAGGGGCGGGACCUCACGCUGGAGGAGAACCAGGUGAAAAAAUACCACCGGCUGAAGGAGGAGGCCAGCAAGAGGGCGGCCACCCUGGCCCAGGAGCUGGAGAAGUUCAAUCGUGACCAGAAGGCGGAUCAGGACCGGCUGGAUCUGGAGGAGAGAAAGAAAGUAGAGACGGAGGCCAAGAUCAAGCAGAAGCUGCGAGAGAUCGAGGAAAACCAGAAGCGGAUCGAGAAGCUGGAGGAGUACAUUGCCACGAGCAAGCAGUCCUUGGAAGAGCAGAAGAAGCUGGAGGGGGAGCUGACGGAGGAGGUGGAGAUGGCCAAGCGCCGGAUCGACGAGAUCAACAAGGAGCUGAACCAGGUGAUGGAGCAGCUGGGCGACGCCCGCAUCGACCGGCAGGAGAACAGCCGGCAGCAGCGCAAGGCGGAGAUCAUGGAGAGCAUCAAGCGCCUCUACCCUGGCUCUGUGUACGGGCGCCUCAUCGACCUCUGCCAGCCCACUCAGAAGAAAUACCAGAUCGCCGUCACCAAGGUGCUGGGCAAGAACAUGGACGCCAUCAUCGUCGACUCGGAGAAGACGGGCCGGGACUGCAUCCAGUACAUUAAGGAGCAGCGAGGGGAGCCCGAGACCUUCCUGCCGCUUGACUACCUGGAGGUGAAGCCCACAGAUGAGAAGCUGCGGGAGUUGAAAGGGGCGAAGCUGGUGAUCGACGUCAUCCGCUAUGAGCCCCCUCACAUCAAGAAGGCUCUGCAGUAUGCGUGCGGCAACGCACUGGUCUGUGACAACGUAGAGGAUGCCCGCCGCAUCGCCUUUGGUGGGCACCAGCGUCACAAGACCGUCGCCCUGGACGGAACCCUUUUCCAGAAGUCGGGGGUGAUCUCAGGAGGAGCCAGCGAUCUGAAGGCCAAGGCCAGGCGGUGGGAUGAAAAGGCCGUGGACAAGCUGAAGGAGAAAAAGGAGAAGCUGACCGAGGAGCUGAAGGAGCAAAUGAAAGCCAAGAGGAAGGAGGCAGAGCUGCGGCAGGUCCAAUCCCAGGCCCACGGCUUGCAGAUGCGCCUGAAAUACUCCCAGAGCGACUUGGAGCAGACCAAGACCCGACACCUCGCUCUCAAUCUCCAGGAAAAGUCAAAGCUGGAAAGCGAACUGGCCAACUUUGGGCCCCGGAUCAACGACAUCAAACGCAUCAUCCAGGGAAGAGAGCGGGAGAUGAAAGAGCUGAAGGAGAAGAUGAACCAGGUGGAAGAUGAAGUAUUUGAGGAGUUCUGCCGAGAGAUUGGGGUGAGGAAUAUCCGGGAGUUCGAGGAGGAGAAGGUGAAACGCCAGAAUGAGAUCGCCAAGAAAAGGUUGGAGUUUGAGAACCAGAAGACGCGCCUGGGCAUCCAGCUGGACUAUGAGAAGAACCAGCUGAAGGAAGAUCAGGACAAAGUCCACAUGUGGGAACAGACAGUCAAGAAGGACGAGGCCGAGAUCGAGAAACUCAAGAAGGAGGAGCAGCGCCACAUGAAAAUCAUCGACGAGACGAUGGCGCAGCUGCAGGACCUGAAGAACCAGCACCUGGCCAAGAAGUCGGAGGUGAAUGACAAGAACCACGAGAUGGAGGAGAUCCGCAAGAAGCUGGGGGGCGCCAACAAGGAGAUGACGCACUUGCAGAAGGAGGUGACGGCCAUCGAGACCAAGCUGGAGCAGAAGCGCAGCGACCGCCACAACCUCCUGCAGGCUUGCAAGAUGCAGGACAUCAAGCUGCCCCUCUCCAAGGGCACCAUGGACGACAUCAGCCAGGAGGAGGGCGGCUCGCAGGGGGAGGAGCCCACCAGCAGUUCGCAGAGGACCUCCAACAUGUAUGCGCGGGAAGCUCUCAUUGAGAUCGACUACAGCGACCUCUCCGAGGACAUGAAGGACGCCCAGGCGGAAGACGAGAUCAAGCAGGAGAUGAACCAGCUGCAGCAGAAGUUGAACGAACAGCAGAGCAUCCUGCAGCGUAUCGCUGCGCCAAACAUGAAGGCCAUGGAGAAGCUGGAGAGCGUGCGCGACAAGUUCCAGGAGACCUCCGAUGAGUUCGAAGCCGCCCGAAAACGUGCCAAGAAAGCCAAGCAGGCCUUUGAGCAGAUCAAGAAGGAGCGCUUCGAUCGCUUCAACUCCUGCUUCGAGUCGGUGGCCACCAACAUCGACGAGAUCUACAAGGCCCUGUCGCGCAACAGCAGCGCCCAGGCCUUCCUGGGUCCCGAAAACCCUGAGGAGCCCUACCUGGACGGCAUCAAUUACAACUGUGUAGCGCCUGGCAAGCGUUUUCGGCCCAUGGACAACUUGUCCGGGGGGGAGAAGACGGUAGCUGCCUUGGCUUUGCUCUUCGCCAUCCACAGCUACAAACCCGCUCCGUUCUUCGUCUUGGAUGAGAUCGAUGCUGCUUUGGACAACACCAACAUUGGCAAGGUGGCCAACUACAUCAAGGAGCAGUCCACCUGCAACUUCCAAGCCAUCGUCAUUUCUUUGAAGGAGGAGUUCUACACCAAGGCAGAGAGUCUCAUCGGCGUCUACCCCGAGCAAGGAGACUGUGUCAUCAGCAAAGUCCUGACCUUUGACCUCACCAAGUACCCCGACGCCAACCCCAAUCCCGGUGACCAGUAGAGAAUGAAGAGGCAAGACUACUGCCCAGCUAAUUCCCACCCC